UGCCAUUCUAGCGGUAGGCAUUCAGCCUCUGAAUGGCUCUCUUUUUAUUUGUUUCCAUUGCAUAAGGUACUAGGUAGCUUUCAUUGUUACCACCAACUACCGAAGCAUGUCAUGGCGCAAUUGCGGUUUUAUACUUCAUAACGUUGUUUGCAACUCAAUCGUAGAGGUAUAUUCAAGCUACAUGGACGAACAGAAUAGAAUGGUUACUUAUCUAAAUGAAGAUAGCGGAAGACAACAGACGGAUGUUUCAUAAUUUGGUAUGGGUCUGCACCGAGAUCUCAAGUUCUUGACUGAUCAGUCAGUGUCGAUUCGAGUGGAAUUUAGGGGUUUUCUGCCUGACUAAAAUCCCAAAGAGUCCAUCGCCGACCAUUUCACGACUUCUGGCGGGAAAUAAUUCCAAUUCACGCUGUCUCACCGCAACCAGACCAUUGAAUGUGAUAACGAUCAUCUCAAUAAGUAGAUGCUGCCUUCCAAGCCAGGCAUCAGUGGGUCUCUUUGGUUAAGGUGUUGGCCAAGAUCACGAGCUUUCGCGUGUUGGCUGCUCGCCAUUUUAGGCAGCACAUACCCCUGUACCCCAGGAAGCUGCCACUAACACGCGUUGUGGGACGCGGUCUAACCUCACUGACAUUUAGCCGUAGGGUAGUGGGGUAGACUUCUAUUGAUGGCGGUAGGGAUGGCUUCAGCUGGUCAGGUCAAAGAGGAGGGGUUGGCAUUUGGGCAAGUUCCAUUCAUGUGUAUAUAAAACUGUUGAGAAAUCCUCUCUUGCUCGGGUGUUCUUUCUCUGAGUACCUAAGUCGCUCUAAUAGCUUGAUAUCAUAUUCGUUUGAUUACUGCAACAAGAUCACUUUGUGUCAUCUGCAUUGAACGAGCUCAGUACUUCGCAUUUAUACACGUUUUCUCUCCCCUACACACCCUCAGCCUCCUUGUUUUCUCUAUUUCCCAGCCCAUCCUUCGAGCUCUUUUCUUCUACGUCUAGAAUUCCUGAUCUCCCAACAAAAAUGGCCAAUCUCCCAAAGCUCCCUGCUCCUCAUUCGGAGCUGGCGAAGUACAUCUUUGACCACAAAGACAUAAACAUCACUGAAAUCAUGGAGCCAUAUCGCGAGUAUGAAGCGAACUUGCGAUCUAUAUAUGCACAAGAUCGCCAGAACCCAAUCCUCGGUGACCCCUAUCUCAAUGUGGUUCCCCUCUUUACUGAGAAUACCAAUUUCAUCACCACUCGCGCACGUAAUCUGGACGCCGAGUCUGACGAGGAAAAGUCAAAGUACAUAAUGGCUCUUCCAGAUGAUAAGCGUCGUGCUCAUGACUCCCCUGCGACGGUUGCGAACCUCGAAGAGUUCCAGAAGAACUUCAACAUAUUCUCAGAAUCAUCACUGGCUGACUUAGACUGGUCAAACGUUGUGGCUGCUGGUUCUUCAGUCGUCAACUGUCUUCUGCCUGUCCCUAAAGAGUUCAACACAACCAAAAGAAAACUCCGAGAGUAUUACCACGAGAAGUUCUGCCCUGCUUCCGAUGUUGAUCUCUUUCUGUAUGGGCUCAAUCACGAUCAGGCCAUCGACAAGAUCAAACAGAUUGAACAGGCAAUCAAAGAUGCUCUUUUGAAUGAGGUAACAGUCGUGAGAACAAAAUAUGCAAUUACAAUUGCUAGUCAAUAUCCUGUUCGGCACAUUCAGAUUGUUCUCCGCGUCUACAAAUCUGUUAGUGAAAUCCUCACUGGCUUUGACAUUGACGCUGCAGGUGGAGCAUAUGAUGGAGCUCAGGUAAGUCAGCAUACGUCACGAGAACACAUUGUCUUAGCAAGGGGGUCCGGAGUUUUUGGCUUGGUCUAACAGGACUCAGGUAUACGUGACUCCCCGGGCUCUCGGAAGCUUCAUCACGCAAAUCAACCACAUUGAUCUUACUCGUCGAAGCCCUUCUUACGAGAAUCGACUGUCAAAGUAUUCACACAGAAACUUUGAGGUCUACUGGCCUGAACUCGAUCGAAACCAGAUCGAUCCAACCAUCUUCGAAAGAAGUUUCAGAAGAACUCUAGGCUUGGCUCGUCUCCUUGUUCUUGAACGACUUCCAACCACCACAGCUCGAGAUACUUAUCUCGACAAGAGACGUGAGGAGCGAGGCCGGCCCAGGGUUUAUAGAUCCCACCAGGUCCUCCACGGCAACAUCAAGGACUAUCAUGAGGAUGAAAUUGCUGAUUGGUUGUCUGAGGAGGACGUUAGUAACUAUCAUACCUUCACUGUACCUUAUGGGCAGCACUUCAAUGCCAAGCGGAUCGAGAAACUCUGUUAUACGCGCGAUCUUCUUCUCAAUGCAGAAUGGAACCAGCCCGAUGAUCGAGAGGUUUACCUGCAUCGCCACCCUGCAUUCUUUGGGCGUGUAGAAGACGUGAUUGAAGACUGCUGCGGUUGCUGCCCAGAGCCUGUUACGGACCAGGAAAAGGAAGUUGCAGAGAAGGAGGCUGAGAUUUAUAUCAAAGGCAAAGUCUCCUUCUUGAUCGACGACCCUGGCCGACAGCAAAUUGGUUCUUUCAACCCUCUGACUGAGCAAGACUGGACUGAUAUGGCGUAUGUGGGUAACGUUACCAGGCUUUGCCAGUCAAUCGUCGAUGGUGACGUUGACGACGUAUCAAACUGGCUAAGCCAGGAAGAUGCCGACCCUAACAAGAGAGACUACACUGGCAGAACCCCUCUCCACCUCGCCGUGAUGACAUCGACGCCAGAGGUCAUCAAGUGUCUUGUUGAGCGCGGUGCACGGCUGACUGCACGACUGGCGGAUGGCAAGAAUGCCCUACACCUCGCUGCUUCACGAGGUGAUGUGGAGAUUAUCAAAAUUUUGAUGGAGAAGUCAAUCGAAAACGAAGAGGCUGAAGAGGAACGACAGGACAAGAAGCGCCGAGCAGCAAAGAAGCCCAGUUCUGACAAUAAUGACGGGGUCCGUAACGAGGGUGCUGCAUCAGAUCCCGAUGGAGAAUCAGAUGGCGAGAUUAUUGAUGACGAGACAACAGAUGCCGAUGCCGCAUCUAUGACUACUGGGUCUUUCGUCAAGAUAAAGCAAGUUGAAGCAGAGAAUGCUGAGGAUCUUGUUCCCGAAGAGUCACAAGACGAGCCGGAUUUCUUCAAUGUUGACGCCUUAGCAUGGGAUCUCCAGUGUUCUCCUCUUCAUCUUGCCAUCGCAGAAGGCAACGAGGAUGCUGUCAGGGUUCUUUGUGAUUACGGGACCGAUUCGAUUCUGCCCGUCAAGUCUCUCGCGGAACAUGGCGACAGUCGUGUGAUUCUGACACUAGUUCUGGCCUUGACACUGCCUAAUGACAAGGCCAAAUCGAUGGCAAAUCUCCUCAUGCGACUCGGUGCAACAUCUGCCCAAGCUGAUUCAAAAGGAUGCACUGCUUUCCACAGAUAUGUUGAAUCUGGAGAGGUGGAACUCAUCGAUACGCUCCUGGAUAACGACAAGACGGGCAUCAAGGCAGCUAUCAAUCACAUGGUCUGCGAUGGAAGUUAUUGGAACGCAGAGACUAUUGCUCCGAUCAACACUGCGGUUCAGAGUGGUGAUGUCGCUUUGGUAUUGAAGCUGCUGACUGCUGGUGCUGCAGCUCACAUCGACUUCGAUAAUUGGUUGAAGUCCGCCAAGGUCUCCGACAUGUCUGGGCGCCUGGGCAAUCUGGAGACCAACCAGAAGAUGUAUAAGGAGACUGUUGAACAGCCAUUAAUCACCGCCAUCCGAUCUGGUCGCACAGACGUUGCAAUCAAGCUUCUUGAAGGCGGCGCCGACCCAAAUUCACUGAAUACAGAGACACAUCGGCUAAUCUUCAAUGAGUAUCAGAGAAACUGGAACAAGGGUCAAUCAGCUUUAGACCUGGUCCAGAAGUCGCUGAAGCGUCUUCGUGGAUUCACCGUUGAAACGAACGGACUUGUGAAACCAAGGGAGACCCCGGGGAUGGAUGAAUUCCUGAGUCACUUCACUCCUGGAAGUUACUCUCAUUGGGUUGUUUCAGAGCAAGUUGGGAGUCAAAAGAGGUCAUUCGCGUCUCGUCUCAAGCGAUAUGAGGAGGAUAUCAAGAAGAAUCCAGAGCCUAAAGGAGUUCCGGAAAAGCUGGAAGCAAUCAAGGAGCUAUCAGCAGGCUUCAAAGCCCUUGAAGAAGAACUCAUAAGCCGAGGUGGUAAAAUCUUCGAUGAGUUGCAUCCUGACAUCAAGACGAAUCUGAGGAACAAUGCCUCAAGCACAAGUAGCCGAAUCAAGGACGAGAAAAAGGCCAUCAAGCCUUUCGAGUUUCACUUCUCAUUCAACAAUGACCGUGAUAUGACGGAAAAGAGAAGAGAUGGCUACAUUGAGCUAAUGGAGGCUGCGUGGGCGGGAGACAUUGAGAAGGUCAAGGAGCUCUCCCUUCAAGCCUGGGGUGCCGAAAAGGAUCAACCACCGCUCAAGAUCGCUGUCUCGGAUAACAUGGGCAACACUCCUUUCUCGGUAGCCUUCCUUCGAGGACACCAUGACCUAGCAAGGGCUUUGCUUGAAAUUGUAAAGGCACAAUGGUCUCCACCCAAAAAGGAUAAGGUCCGCUUCAGAAUGGAGGCUGGCAACGAAGACGAGGAGUAUGAGUCUGAUUCCGAUGACUCUGAUAACUCCAGCGAGAACGAACCACGAAUAGUGUCUGAGAAGGUGCAGGACAAGUUCACCAUCGACGAUAUUGGGCAUGUUUCUAUGGAGGUGGAGUCUCAUACCAAACCCCUCCAAAUCAUAUGUGAAUCGGUUCCAAGCUGGUUGAUUGAGAAGGAGAAGGUUGAGUACCGAUAUCAGAAGAGAAGCUUAUUCGUCCACACGUUCGACACCAACGAUACUACUGGCCUCAAGCUCCUUUUGGACUUGGCACAACACUAUUCAGGUCAGAAGUUUGAAGGCGAUGACGCCGAUCAAGAGGACGAAGGCUCGACCUGCAGCUUUACCUUCCCCCAGUCGGAUUUCAAGUGGGCAAUUGAGCACGGGAAGACUCAAUUGCUCGCCCUAGUAAUCAAACGGACUGGGGCAGGCAUACCACUUGAUCAUCUCGUCAAGAAGAGUGGUGUCGAGCUGAAGCGAAAGCCGCGAUAUUACCAGGGACUGACCGUCUACGGCAGGAAAAGAAAGGAUUGGGCAAAUGCUGGACGUGGUAUGGUUAUCAAAAGCAGCGGACUGAGGACGCCGCCUCUUCUCCAUGCUGCUCUGGGUGGUAGUGUGGAGAGCGUCGAACUCUUUCUUGGAGAUGCCCCGCAUAGGUUGUAUGGCGAGUUUGCCAAGUCCAAGGCCUCCAAGGAGGACUCAAGAUUCAAGCAUUUGAAGGAGAGUCCUGGCGGAUUCGACCGCGCAAUCUCCAAGUGGCUUGGAGCUGAUAAUGAUCUCGUGAUUCAUUGCGCGGUUUUGGCGUAUCCUGGAGACAAUGCUAACGAGCUGCUUGAUUAUCUUGUUGAAACUUGCCCAGACUUCAUCGAGAAGAAGAACUCUGAAGGUGAUACACCGCUGAUGGUAGCUUGCCGCCUUGGAAGAAUCGACGCAGUCAAAAUCUUGCUAGCAGCUAAUGCGGAUCAGUCGACUCGGAACCAAAGGGGUGAAAAUAUCCUCCAUGCAGCAAUCGAACGCAGCCCCAAGGCAUAUCAGCUUCGUGAGCUUCUGGACCUCUUGGACUCAGGCCUUCGCAGCCAUCUUUUCCUCCAGCGAAAGAACCUCAACGAGAACGGCACCACCCCCGUACACGCUUGGAUUUCUCAAGUUUCAGGAAUGGCACUUGGUGCCGACAAUCGCAACAAUUACCGCAGAUAUAACGGCUCAGGGUAUGCUAAGCCAUACAUUGGCCAAGAGAAGGAAUUGGUCCUGAUGCUCAAGCUCCUUCUCGAGUAUUCCAAGGGCGAGGAACUCGAGAUGCUCAACGGUGCAGGGGACACGUGCCUUCACACGGCGAUUAUGACUGGCAUGAUUGCCGCUGUUCGCGUCUUGGUAGAAUUUAAGCCCAGCCUUGUCUACCGGGAGAACGCCGUCGGUCGGACUCCUGCUGAGCUCGCGCAUGACAAACUCACUAGCCAGAAGUUUACCAUGCCUGACAAGCCCAGCAUCAAAGACCGAAAUCGCGUCCACGAUACCUUGCGAAAGAACUCGGAGGAGUUUAUCCAGGAGGCCGCCAUGGACGCUCAUUCAACAGAGCAGAGGAGAUCGCUCGAAAGUCUGGGGCUCAGUGACACCUACAAGCCACAGGAAGUUCCUCUGAUUUUGGCUUCCAUGGGUGUUGAGAAGAAUCGUUCAAGCAAAAGGCUCGAAUCCCGAAGCAUCGAUCUCGUUUUAUGGGAUCUCUGCCGCACCACAAUGAAGCAGCAUCCCGGGAAACGCCGGUUGGUAAGCUUGAAUGAAGCCAAUGAUGUUGCUAAGAGAUUGGGUGAGAAGUACUCAGCGUCAAGGUAUUUCAGCGUUCAAGCUCGGGUUGACGACGAAGAAGUCGAUCCCGAUGAAAAGGAGUCCGGCACAACGAUUGAUUUUGCUGUCCAGGAGAUGAAGUCUCGUCUGUCUCAAGCCUGGGAGACGAAGCGACGCCAUGGCUCAAAAAACAGUUCGUCAGGCUCUGAUUACGGUCGUUCUUCCAGUUCCGAUGAAAGUUCCGAUAUUUAUGAAUCACUGUAUUGAGUGGUGUCUAUGCUGUGGCCAUCAAGGCACAGGAUUUGAUUUUCUUCUCAAAUAUGCAUCGAGUCUUCAACCGAUACUCAACAAGCUUGCACUUGGGGACUUUGGGGUUUAUUUACUUAUUAUACGGCUGUCAUGUUUCUUUUUCCGUUUUCACAUUUUGAGACGAAAAUGAAUUGUUGAUAUGAGAUGGUCCUAACUAAUCAUGAAAUAUCAUUCGUAAAAGAAAAUGGGAACGCCAUUGUGUUUAACUUAUCUCUCUCAACUUGUAAAGUAAAUCGCAAAAUGUGUCAAACUCUCCUAUGAGACAUAGACAACUGCCUGAGGUGCACCAUCACCCCAGAUUCCAAUAACUGCCAUAGUGAAACCCAGAGCAGAGAAGGCUGUUCGUGCAAUGUAGCUGUGGACAAGGCCCUCCACCUCCACUCUCACCCCCUCGCCGUUGAUAUCAUCAAUAUCUUCCUCGCUGGCAGGCUCACUGUGAGCGUCGCCUAAAACC